UCGAAGUUUUCGGAAACGGUCGACCCUGUCCCCUGAAACGGGUCGUCCCCCAGGCGUCCCUGAUGGGCGGUGCGUCACCAGACCCGGCCUCAGCGGUGAAAGUUCGUUUACCCCGUUGAAUUUAAGGAGCUAGUUCCUUCAGAGCGAAACCGGUACCGGGGCUAGCCCUUAAAUGGCGAAAACAAGUUCGCUCACCCCUCCACCGGACAAUCCUUCAAUCAGCGUCGAAGAUAAUGCGAUCAAUCGAUGCGAUCGAACCCAGCCAGCAGAAUCCGAACAAUCACCGCGAUGAAAGGGGUUGCCCUCUGAUCAGAGCUGUCCAAGUACCACGCGGAACAAUCCGUCCAGAAUGGACGACCCUAUAGCCUCGCUCAUGCCUGGCAUGUCCAACGUGACGUACCCCGAUCUCCAAGACCACAGCCAGGACUCGUUCGGUCUCUACAACGACACCCACCCCGAGGACCCGUUCGUAAGCAACCACCACCCGCCCUACAGAGACUCCCUGUACAUCGUGGUGCCCGUCACUAUCAUCUACAUCUCCAUCUUCGUGACCGGGACGAUAGGAAACAUCAGCACGUGCAUCGUGAUCGCGCGCAACAAGUCCAUGCACACAGCCACCAACUACUAUCUAUUCAGCCUGGCGGUGUCCGACCUGUUGCUGCUCGUCUCCGGCCUGCCGCCCGAGAUCUACAUGGUCUGGUGCAAGUACCCCUACAUAUUCGGCGAGGGGUUCUGCGUUCUGAGAGGCCUGGCGGCCGAGACGUCCGCGAACGCCUCGAUCCUCACCAUCACAGCCUUCACCGUCGAGAGGUACGUGGCCAUUUGCCAUCCGUUCCUGGCGCACACCAUGUCAAAGCUAACCAGGGCGGUGAAGCUGAUCCUGAUCAUCUGGCUCGUGUCACUGUCCUUCGCGCUACCUCAGGCCCUCCAGUUCGGUCUCGUCCAGCACAACGUGAAUCCCAAUAUAGUGAUGUGCACCAUGAAGAGGAUCAUAGUGAACCACUCGUUCGAGCUCUCCACGUUGCUCUUCUUCAUGAUACCCAUGAGCCUGAUCACUGUCCUCUACGCGCUGAUAGGAUUGAAGCUGAGAAAGUCCAACAUGAUGAAACGCAGCCACGGAAGCGAGGAGGGUGGCAGCUGCAGGCACCAUCCUGGCAGGUCCUCGAGGAGAGUCUUGAAGAUGCUUGUGGCAGUGGUGAUAGCGUUCUUCAUCUGCUGGGCGCCGUUUCACGUGCAACGAUUGAUCGCCAUCUAUGGUACGAGGCCGGACCACAUCUCCUCGAACAGCAAAUGGAUAGAAUUCCUUUAUUUACUCAUGACCUACAUAUCCGGCGUCCUCUACUACGUGUCCACGACGAUUAACCCGAUUCUCUACAACAUCAUGUCGAACAAAUUCCGCGUGGCUUUCAUGGAAACCCUGUCGAGGAACUGCAGGAUCACGAGGCUGACGAUCAGGAACGAGCAACGUUCCUACUCCAGUCUGUCCAGAUCCCAGGCGAAGGUGAUGGGCACUUACAGUUCCAGGACAGCUGGUACAGCGGGCACCGCGGUUCCCCAUGAAAGCACAGACUGUUCAGGGAAUUCCGGUCGGGACGAAAGCCCCAAACAAACGACGUCAUUGAUAGAGCAGGUGGCGAUGAACGCACAGGGCAAUGGCAAGAUGGCGACGGAACGGAAUGGCGGGGAGGUCAGGAACACAGAGAUAGCCAAGGAUGUCCGGAGUAAGACCUCUGUCAAGUAUCAGAGGAACGAGGAGUCCAGAAAGUCCGCGCCAGCCAAGUACGCUGCGGUGAAGGUGUCUAACGUCGACGGGUCUAGGAAGAAGUGGUGGCGCCUGUUGAAGUGGUUCCCAGGUUUAGAGUCCCUGAAGCUCGCCAGGAGGACCACAUACGCCACCCCGGAGAACCGCAUUCUGGAGAACACCAAUCUCCAUCGCGAGGAAUUCUCGAUGACCAUGUGGAACGUGCACGAGGCCAACGAUCAGCGACCUGUUUGAGGGAUAGCCGAACAGGAAAGAUAUUGGUGGUAACCAUCAGGGCCUGUAGCGUGCGAAUAUGCAGCUACAGUACGGGCUUAGCAACCCCAAGGUACCCUAGCUAGAUGGGGGCCAGUGGGCCUUAACAGACGUGUACAAAAAACAAGACCAACGUAAAUGUAAUAUACAGAGUUGCGAUGACGCGAAUUAAGCCAAAAUUAAGGAGUUAUGUAAGGCAAAGCAAUCUCACGCAGAAUAGAAAAAAUUAUAAUAUGAAAAAAUUAUGUUACGAUGUAUGGAUGCAGUACAAUUCAGUGGAAUACCUGAAAGAUAUUGAUGGGAAAUUGUAAAGAAAGACAGUGUAGAAUCGGAGUUCAUCCUUUGCACUUUAAAUAAACAUAUGAAAACGAAAAAUGUUGGUGGCGCCAUCCGUGGCAAAACGCCCAAGUUUGUCGUCAGACUAGUUUCUAGUA